AUGGCCGUGAGCUCACUGGUCCAGUCCAUAUGGACGGGGCUUUCUCGAGCCGCCAGCCAAAAAAGCACGGGCUUGGCGCACAGGAUUUGUCAUUUUCCGCAGCGUCCGUCUUGUAGUAUUCUUCCGAACCGCAGUAUCCGACAAGUGGUGGAGAAACAGGAAGGCAGGACAACAGUUAUGGAGGGUGUGUCUGUGGAGGCAGCUCAGACAGCCCAGCCGCCCAACCCCACAGCACACUGUCCCAUUUACCGCUGGAACUUACAGAACAAAUAUUCCUAUACUGAUGUGCUGUUACUCAGUCAGUUCAUUAGGUCGGAUGGGGGGAUGCUGCCACGCCGGAUCACCGGCCUGUGUUCCCAGGAACAUCGUAAGAUUGCAAUCUGUGUCCAGAUGGCCCAUCGUGCAGGUUUGCUCCCAGAUCACAAACCUCCUUUACCAGAGGGUCACGUUCCAAAGAAUCCCAAACCCAAACUUAACAGGUACUUGACACGUUACUCUGUGAAGUCAGUGAAGCCCAUUUAUAAGACAGGAUUGAAGUGGAAUAAGAAACGUAUGCCCGUGGGACACCCAGCCCUCAAAGACAACAUCAGCUAUGGCAAGAAGCCCCUGUACUUCAAGCACUGACGGACAGGUCUGGUCCGUGGAACGACGGCAUUGUUUGUGGCAGUAUGAAAUGAUAUGGGUUGGAUUUGGACCAGACUUGUUGCAGGGAAAUAGCUGACAGUAUCUUCUCUUCUAUAUGGUUUAUGUCUCAGAUAACUCGAGUGCUGCUGUUUAUUUUAUCCAAUUCCCCAAACAACUGGGUCAGUGUUACACUCUCCGCAUGAGCAGGAUGUCGAUAUUGUGUUCCUCAAACAAACCCAAAUGUUCAAAGAACAUCUUCAUUUUGUUUAAAAAAUGCAAAUAAAUUGUCUUUCCUU